AUGUACAAACGGCGGGAUUACGUGGAACUCUACGAGAAGGAUCAGGCUAAAUGGGCACUGAUACGCAACGUCAACACCGUGGUGAAACAGAGUACACUGAUGCCGGGUGACUACGUCUGGUUGGAUCUAAAGUCUGGUCGGGAGUUUGAGGUUCCAGUUGGAGCGGUGGUCAAGCUGUGUGACUCCGGGCAGAUCCAGGUGGUUGAUGACGAAGGAAGCGAGCACUGGAUCUCCCCCCAGAAUGCCACUAACAUAAAGCCCAUGCAUCCAACUUCCAUCCACGGUGUAGAAGACAUGAUCCGGCUUGGAGACCUCAACGAAGCUGGGAUCCUGCGCAACCUGCUUAUCAGAUACAGAGAAAAACUUAUUUAUACUUAUACAGGCUCCAUCCUGGUGGCUGUUAAUCCUUAUCAACUGCUGCCAAUCUACUCCGCAGACCAGAUCCGCCUCUACACCAACAAGAAAAUUGGUGAAAUGCCACCUCACAUCUUCGCCAUCGCUGACAACUGUUACUUUAACAUGCAGAGAAACAACCGAGACCAGUGCUGCAUUAUCAGUGGAGAGUCUGGAGCAGGAAAAACUGAAAGCACCAAACUGAUCCUGCAGUUCCUGGCAGCCAUCAGCGGUCAGCAUUCCUGGAUAGAGCAGCAGGUCUUAGAGGCCAACCCCAUCCUCGAGGCUUUUGGGAAUGCUAAAACAAUUCGCAACGAUAACUCAUCCCGAUUUGGGAAGUACAUCGACAUCCAUUUCAACAAGAGAGGCGCUAUAGAAGGAGCCAAAAUAGAACAAUACCUGCUGGAGAAAUCCAGGGUCUGUCGACAGGUAAGCAGCAACCUCAGCAACAACAAUGCCUGGAAACGUUUUCACAAAGUAAUUUAAAACUGGGCUAAAAAUGAUUAUUUGUAGAUCAUUUAAAAAAACACCUUCAAAUGUGCCAAUUAGAUCUUGGCAAUGUUGACCAAAAAAUACCGAACAAUACUUUUUAUUUGUGUUAAAUAAUUUUGAUGAUUAUCACAACCAUUGGUAUAGAAAAGCAUCACCCCCUUUCAAAGACCUUAUUCCUUUUGCUUUCCAGACUUAAAUAGAAACACACACAAAAAUAUCUUUUACCAGUUUUACUUGCCCAAUGCAACCUAUAACAUCCAACUGGCAAUGAUCAAAGGUCAAUUUCAAGAAGAAUCUCAAAAGCAGAAAACAAGAAAAACUGACAAGGAAAGGCAGCCUUCCAGAGACAAGGUGGCAGAACGUCAAGUGGAGAGCCAGAUGGCUUCUGCCUCGCAACAAGCUUACUCAGCUCAGAAUAAGAAACGAUAUUGAGGGAGCUCAGAGUGGGUGGUGAUGGAGGAACUGGAACAGGGUUAAUAGAGGUACCAGAAAUAGCUGCUCUAAUGCCUGACACUUUAUGAACAAAGAGUUUCCAGCAGCUGUAGGAGACAUGGAGCUAGGCUCCUGAUACACCAGAACAGAGUUUAGUGUUUUGUAGAGAAUCUUAGGAUUAUUGGAGUUUGUCUCAAUGAUGUCUGCAAAAUAGGCCGUUCUGGCAGCCCUCACAGCAUCCUGAUAAGCAACCAGAGAUGCUCUGAACAACUCACGCGAGACUUGUAGGCCAUCCUUUUUCCACUUUC